UCAAGCUGAGCUACAAUAUACCUAUCUAUAUAACCCGUUAGCCCAAGAGUUCCUUCAUAGCGUCGCCUUUGUUUGCUCUCUUUUUUCUUAAAUUUCUCUCUCCUGAGAGAGACAUUGAAACGCCACAAUUCCCAACACAUUUAUAUAUUCCGCGUUUUUCUUUUCUUUAAAAGUCUCCAACUUUCCCAUUAUACGAAACCCGAGAUCCAAUAUUGUUCUUGUGGGUCUCUCAAAAAUCCAAUCUUUUUUAGUUCCUAUAUAAGAUCCCAAAAAAAGGAAAAAAAAAAAAAAAAAAAAAACCCAAUACUGAGCUGCUGAGAUUUUGGGUCUUAUAGUUAUCAGAAGCACCGCCCAAUUGCCAAAGAUGUGUUGUGGAGGCAGGAUAUGCAUGCUGUGCACGUGCCUGAUACUGGUAGUGGUGCUGAUCGGGUUGUUAUUCGGGUUUGGAGUAUUCAAGAAUGGCUUCCACAAGCUCAAAGACACCGUCAAUUACUGCGAUCCAACUGCUCAUGGAUCUUUAUGUGGAAGACCCUUCUUGGGUUUUGCAGCACCUCCUCCAUUCUAAGAAUUUUUUUUUUUCUUUUUAAUUUUUAUGCUCUUUUUUUUUUGAAUAUUUUUUUGUCUUUUUAUUUUAGUUUGUAAAUUUUUAUUUUGGAAUUCAUGGGUACUUGAACUAUUUAGGAAUCUGGGUUGUUCUUGGGAUGUCAUGUUGAUUUUUUUAUAAGUAUUUCCUGGGUUUAUUAUUAUUAUUAUUAUUAUUAUUAUUAUUUUUGUAGUUGUUGAUAAUGGUUAAAUAAUUUUUAAUGUUUUGAUGCUUUC